AUGGGGUCUGCAGAUUUAAUAGGCGACGAUUGGUCAUUACCUUGUUCAGACGAUGAACUUUCGAAAACUGGCAUUUUCAUUGGUAAAAGUUGGAUUCCCGACCCAAAUGAAUUGGAAGAGCUUUAUAAAAGCAUCGAGAAAAGUGGAACUUUGAAUCUCGAGUGGAAAUGUCCUGGAAGGCGUGCUCCGUCUCCAAUACCGAUAAGCAAGGAAAACCAACCAGAAUUGCCAAUUUCUCCAAUAAGGGAAGAAAAAUCGGACUUCGACUUCAUGGACGAAGUAAGCUCACUACGACUGCGUGUUCGUCGUGAGGGUGAAGACACAUUAAGAGGGUCUGCCAAAAAGAAAACCACAUCAUUUGAUGGCAUUUUAUCAAAUAUGAUCAGACACAAAAGAAUAGAACAAAUGGAAAAACAAGCAAACACUUCAACUCCAUCUUCCACAACAUGA